AUGGUAUCAGAGCUGUGGCUGUUUCCUGGUGAAAUUGUGAAGUGGGUGUGUAAUCUUUAUCUGUGUGUCAGCCCAAAGAUCUUUAACAAGAUCUCCAAGGCUGCUACUGCUAAGGAGGUAUGGGACAUCCUAGUGAAGACCUAUGGUGAUGGAGACAGAAACACAAAGGUGAAAUUGCAGGCGUUGAGAAGACAGUUUGAGAUUUUAGUCAUGGAUGAGAGUGAAACUGUGGUUGAUUACUUUGAUAAGGUACAAGAAUUGGUGAAUAAAAUGAGGGCUUGUAAAGAUGGGAUAUCUGAUGAGUACAUUGUUGACAAAAUUCUGAGAACUCUGUCAUCCAGAUUUGACAAUGUUGUGGUUGCUAUUAAGGAGACCCGAAGGAAGGAAACCAUGGAAAUUGAAGAGUUGUUUCACUCAUUAGAGGCUCAUGAAUUUCGCAUCAAUGAGCACAAGCAGUGUCACGAGCAAGCCCUACAGGCCAGAUCACAGUUGAAAGGCUGGAAAGGGUUCAAGAAAGGAGGAAAAAUGUUCAAGAAAGGGAAAGACUCACAGGAUCAGCAAGGACUAGAGUCUAGUGGGUCAGGAAAGAUGAAAAAUUCAAAGAAUUCAGAUGCUGAGUGGAAAUUUGACAAGAAGAAUGUAAAAUGCUACAACUACCAGAAACUGGGUCAUUAUGCCGAAGAGAGCUGGAAAGGAGAAGGGGCGAAAAAUAAACCCAAGAAAUUGGCCAAUUUGGCACAGGAGGAAGACUCAGACUCUGAAGCAGUGAUAUUGAUGGCCCAAGAUGAUGAAAAACAACCAGAAAGCACAAUAUGGUACCUAGACUCGGGAUGCUCCACUCAUAUGACCGGGAGAAAGGAUUGGUUUGUGAGAAUGCAGGGGGUUGAACAUGAGAAAAUUAGAUUUGCUGACAACAACAAUUUGGAGGCUGAGGGGUCUAGCAGAGUGGUGUUGAGAGGUGAAGAUGGCAGAGAAGUAAUAAUAGAAAAGGUAUUGUAUGUACCUGGUUUGAAGACUAAUCUGCUCAGUCUGGGACAACUUUUGUAG